CUCUGGAUUCUCCUGAAAAUUCAGUUAAUUUAGGCUCAGAAGUGCAGAGGAACAAUACCCUUGGUACCGGACUGGGAGAAAACUGAAGCGAGAAAGCAAUGGCGAUUUGGGUGAAGCUGCCCGGCUAUAGCGGGCUGGUCCUGCUGUUCCUUUUCCUGGGGCCGUUGUUGAAAGCCCGGGCUGGAAAGAUCCGCUACUCGGUGCCAGAAGAGACAGACGAAGGUUUCUUCGUGGGCAAUAUCGCCAAAGACCUAGGGCUACAACCCCAGGAGCUGGCGGAGCGAGGAGUCCGCAUCGUCUCCAGAGGUAGGACGCAGCUUUUUGCUCUGAAUACCGGAAGCGGCAGCUUGGUCACGGCGGGCAGGAUAGAUCGCGAGGAGCUCUGCGCUCAGAGCCUGCAGUGUCUGGUGAGUUUUAACAUCUUGGUAGAGGAUAAAAUGAAGCUUUUCCCUGUUGAAGUGGAAAUAAUUGAUAUUAAUGAUAACACUCCCCAAUUCCAGUUAGAGGAAGUGGAAUUUAAAAUGAAUGAACUAACCGCUCCAGGUACAAGGAUUCCUCUGCCUUUUGGGCAAGACCUUGAUGUAGGUAUUAAUUCACUCCAGAGCUACCAGCUCAGCUCCAAUCCUCAUUUCUCCCUGGAUGUGCAGCAAGGAGCUGACGGGUCCCAACCCCCAGAGAUGGUGCUGCAGAGUCCCCUGGACAGGGAAGAAGAAGCUGUCCACCACCUCCUCCUCACGGCCUCUGAUGGGGGCAGCCCAGUCCUCUCCGGAACUCUCCGGAUUCGUGUUCAGGUAGUGGAUGCAAAUGACAACCCUCCAGCAUUUACUCAAGCACAGUACCACGUGAGUGUCCCGGAAAACGUGCCCCCGGGCACUCGGCUGCUCACAGUAAAAGCCACCGACCCAGAUGAAGGAGCCAAUGGGGAAGUGACAUACUCCUUUCAUAAUACAGACCAAAGAGUAACCCAGAUAUUUCAAUUGGAUUCUUAUACAGGAGAAAUAUCAAAUAAAGAACCCUUGGAUUUUGAAGAAUACAAAAUGUAUCCAAUGGAAAUUCAAGCUCAGGAUAGUGGAGCUCUUAUGUCUCGAACUAAGGUGCUGAUCAAAGUUCUGGACGUAAAUGAUAAUGCCCCAGAAGUGACCAUCACCUCUGUCACCACUGCAGUCCCAGAAAACUUUCCUCCUGCAACCAUAAUUGCUCUUAUCAGUGUGCAUGACCAGGACUCUGGAGACAAUGGUCAUACUACAUGUUCCAUUCCUGGAAAUCUACCCUUUGAAUUAGAAAGGCUAGAUGAUAGUUAUUACCGUUUAGUGACAGAAAGAACACUGGACAGAGAACUUACCUCCAGGUACAACAUCACAGUAACAGCAACGGAUCAGGGAACUCCAAUGCUAUCUACUGAAAUGAGCAUUUCAUUGCAAGUGACAGAUAUCAACGACAACCCCCCAGCCUUCAGCCAGGACUCUUACUCCACGUACAUAGCAGAAAACAACCCCAGAGGAGCCUCCAUCUUCUCCGUGACAGCCCAUGACACUGACAGCGAUGAGAAUGCACAAGUUACCUACUCCCUGGCAGAGGACACCAUCCAGGGGGCACCUCUGUCCUCCUAUGUUUCCAUUAACGCAGACACUGGCGUCCUGUACGCGCUGCGAUCUUUUGACUAUGAGCAGCUUCGGGACCUGCAACUGAGAGUGACUGCGCAUGACAGCGGGGACCCUCCGCUUAGCAGCAACGCCUCCCUGAGCAUAUUUCUGCUGGACCAGAACGACAACGCGCCCAAAAUCCUGUAUCCCACUCUCCCCACCGAUGGUUCCACUGGCGUGGAGCUGGCCCCCCGCUCUGCAGAACCUGGCUACUUGGUGACCAAGGUGGUGGCAGUGGACAGAGACUCAGGCCAGAACGCCUGGCUGUCCUACCGCCUGCUCAAGGCCAGCGAGCCAGGGCUGUUCACGGUGGGGCUGCACACGGGAGAGGUGCGCACUGCGCGGGCCCUGCUGGACAGAGAUGCGCUCAAGCAGAGCCUGGUGGUGGCUGUUCAGGACCAUGGCCAGCCCCCUCUCUCUGCCACUGUCACACUCACUGUGGCUGUGGCUGACAGCAUCCCAGAUGUCCUGGCCGACCUGGGCAAUCUGGAGCCCUCCGCUGACCCUGAUGACUCCAACCUCACUCUGUACCUGGUGGUGGCAGUGGCUGCUGUCUCCUGCGUCUUUCUAGCCUUUGUCAUCAUCCUGCUGGCGCUCAGGUUGAGGCGCUGGCACACGUCACGUCUGCUCCAGGCUUCAGGAGGCGGGUUGGAGGGCCUGCCUGCCUCGCAUUUUGUGGGCGUGGACGGGGUGCAAGCUUUCCUGCAGACCUAUUCCCACGAGGUCUCGCUCACGGCGGACUCGCGGAAGAGUCACCUGAUCUUCCCGCAGCCCAACUAUGCAGACACGCUCAUCAGCCAGGAGAGCUGCGAGAAAAAGGAUUUUCUAUCAGCACCUCAGUCUUUACUUGAAGACAAAAAGGAAAUACUUUCGCAGGUAAACUUUUUGUAG